AGCAACAGCAGCAGAGACGGCGUGACGUGUUGGGAGAGCGUAAUGCCACUGAGCCUGGAGCUGCCUUUCAGAGCACACACACAACUGCUGGCUCUAGCUCCCCGUUGCUCCUGGUCAGCGUCCUCCUCCCCCCGCCGUUUACAGCCACAAAACAAGAGCACGAGGGGCCGAUGAACGAGGAGGGUGAAGAGAGAGAAAGGAUGGGACCAGACUGGAGCUAGCUUGUGGAUGGAAGAACAGCAAUAAGAAGAGAAGACGAGCAGAGAGAUGCGACACUUAUCAUUUAGACACGAGGUGAAUCUUCAAACUGCAGCUGCCUUUAUCUACACACGACGACUGAGAAGACAACAAAAAUGACUCAAGGUUGCAGCUAACUGUCAGCGACAGACUCUUCUUCUUUUACACAGAGGAAGCAGCAGCACGAUGCUGUUACAUAAAAAAGAAAAAAAAUUUCAAGUCUCCAGGGACAAUGCACCAAAACAGAUGGAGGGAUUGCAACACGAGCUUCAGUUGACACAUGUUCAACCCGUGGAUGUAGAAGCAACCACUGCCGGGAGCACUUCGUUACACUGAGAUCACCAGAACGGUGAUGAAAAACAACAAUUCAAAGCAGCCGCAGGAGAACGGGAAGGUUUGGAGAUGAAGGUGAAUACAUGAGGCUGCAGGACACAGACUGUAAUUUAUCACACACACAGCAAAGAUGGCAACCAGCAAGAAGCAAGUUACUAGCUUAAAAACAGGUCWUCACUUGGCACCAGCAGACAGAUUUAUCCACAUGGAAAUAAAAGCAUGAAAGGCCUCUGAGCAGCUCAACAGAACCUGUUCACAUCAGAGAUCAGCCUGAGCGAGGCAGCAGAACCAUGCAGUGGAGACGACGCCAUUGCUGCACGCACACUGCCAAACUUGUGUCCCUCCUCUCACUGUUGGGUGUGCUGGUCUUUCUGGUCCACCAAGUGUGGCUCCCCAAGCUCACCGGCAUGCCGUGGAGGAGAGGCUAUCCUGUGGUCUACAGAGGUGGGCUCCUUCCAAUCUCCAAGUCCAAAUGGAACACGAGCGUCCCACAURCAGCGUGGAGAUUUGUGAUCGUUCCUCAGCCGACUUCCCUGGCUGAGGCCAAUAUCAGCUCUCAGGAGCGGCGGGGUGGUAUGUACCGUCAGGUUGACUCAACUUUAGAGAACAGUCCGACGGCCAACACCAGUCAAAGUCAAGAAGCAYACCUUAAUGAUACGGUAACCAAAGGGCCUUUCCCUUACACCAUCAAUGAGCCAGACAAAUGUGCAAAGAAGAAACCAGUGAUGUUUUUGGUGCUGCUAAUUGCCACUGAAGCUCGACAGGUGGAAGCAAGGAACGCCAUACGGCAGACGUGGGGGAAUGAGAGCAUCGCCUCUGAUUUGGGGCUCAUCAGACUAUUUCUGCUGGGGAAAACCGAAGGAGAGCUAGGACUUCUCCAACAAAACAUGUUACAGGCAGAGAGCCGGAGGCAUCAUGACAUCAUUCAGCAGGACUUUCUGGACUCCUACAAAAACCUGACAUUAAAGACGUUGAUGGGACUGAACUGGGUGGCGACGCACUGUCCACAGGCAAGCUACGUCAUGAAGACUGACAGCGACAUGUUCGUCAACACGGAGUACCUCAUUUAUAAGCUGCUCAGGCCAGAACUGAAGGCCAGGAAGAACUACUUCACAGGCAGCAACAUGAGAGGCUUCGCACCCAACCGAAACAAAAACAGCAAGUGGUACAUGCCGCCAGAGGUGUACCCAGGAGACAAGUAUCCCACCUUCUGCUCUGGGACCGGUUAUGUCUUUUCUGGAGACCUGGCCAGGAAAAUCUACCAAACCUCUUUGACUGUACGCCCCCUGCACCUGGAGGAUGUGUACGUAGGAAUGUGUCUGGCCAAGCUCCGAAUUGAGCCCUUGCCUCCACCCAACGGGUUCCUCUUCAACCACUGGCGGGUUUCUUACUCCAGCUGCAAGUACAGCCAUCUGAUAACAUCACACGGGUUUCAUCCAAAUGAGCUCCUCAAAUACUGGAACCACCUUCAGAGCAACAAACGCAACGCCUGCAUCAACACGUUUAAAGACAGAACAGGCAGGACACACUCUAACAGAAGGACCGGAGCCAGAAAAGCUCAUUAARACCUCUGUAAACACAAAGAUGGAUUUUAUACAUCAGCUGAAACUUAUCCUGACUGGAUAUGAAGGGAUUUAGGACCCUGGUAAAUCAUUCAUCUGCCAAAAUAAUUGUGUGUGAAACCUGCCAGUGUGCCCCACAGUUACUGUCAGAUUUCUGCAAAAAGCUGUUUCUGCAAGACUGGAGAAAACUCAUGCACAAAAACCUGUCAUUUGAUAAACCACGAUUAAAUUCACUGCGGUGGAAAAAAAAUUCCUCUGAAAGAUGAAAUCUGUUCUACGUGACGAUUCAAAUGUAAAAGAUCACGUCAAAAGGAAGUGAAACAUUUUGUGCUGGUUGAGGUUAUUUAGAUGUAUAAACAGAGUAACAUCGUAAACUGGCUGACAAACACGCUCACACAGGCAAAAACAUCAUUACUCCUGUUUUUUUUUUUGCUUUGAAGAGAGGGGUAAUAAAACUCUAGCAGAGUAAAGAAACAAAAUUAAAUUCAGAAGCAGAGCUGCAACUGCUGCUGAUCUUUAUCUAAAAGUGAAGAACAUUCAGACUUUGAACUCUAAAUUUAGCACUUGGUUUCCUGUAUGUGCUGCCUGUUCAUUAAACAUUCAAGCAAUGUUAACUGUU